CAAGUGUGGGUGUAGCUUGCUGUUUUGAAGUUUAUUGCUUAGCGAGAGUUGUUUCUUUAUUUUAGAGCACAAUGGCUUGGCAGCAGCCACCAGGCUACGGAGGCACUCCACCAAGAGGCUAUGGUCCUCCUCCUACUAGUGGAUAUGGUGCUCCAGGAGGAGGUUAUGGUGCUCCACCAGGAGGAUACCGUCCCCCUCAAGGAUCCGGAGGUUAUGGUCCUCCUCCCGGGGGCUAUCGGCCCAGUUACCAGCACCCUCCCCCUGGUAGCUAUGGAAACCCACCUCCUGGUGGCUAUGGCAACCCCCAAGGUAGUUUCGGAGGUGGUAGUGGAUAUGGUCCAUCAGGGCCUUACCAGUCGGGGCCUGCCGGAUAUCCUCCACAAGGAGCCCCUCCUGGGUAUCGCCCUCCACCUGGCCCCCCUCCUGGUAUUGAUCCAACUGUCUAUGAAUGGUUCAGGACGGUUGAUGCUGAUGGUUCAGGACAAAUAUCAGCUGUUGAGUUACGACAGGCGCUAGUCAAUUCAAACUGGUCUCAUUUCAAUGACGAGACGUGUAGACUCCUCAUAGGAAUGUUUGACAAAGACAAAAAUGGAACUAUUGAUGUGCACGAGUUUGGUUCACUCUGGAAGUAUGUGCAGGAAUGGAAGGGCUGCUUUGAUAGAUUUGACAAGGACAGGUCUGGUAACAUUGACUCUGGUGAGCUACAAGAAGCACUGGGAGCCUUUGGCUAUAGAUUGAGUAGGGAUUUCUGUCAAUUGUGUACAAGGGUUUUUGAUCGCAAAGAUGUCAAUUCAAUGAAGUUUGACGACUUCAUUCAGUGUUGUGUUAUGCUCCGCUCGUUGACGGAAACUUUCCAAAGGGUAGACACUGACAGAGAUGGAGUUAUAGAUAUAUCCUAUGAGCAAUUUUUAGAAAUGGCAAUUGAUAAUACACUAUCUUGAUUUCUGCUUCUUCAUUCUUUCCCUCUUCUCCUCUUAACCCAACCAGAAGAAAAUAAUUAUUAAUUAUAAUAGUAACUAUUGUUAUUGUUAUUAUUCUUAUUGCCAUUAUUAUUGUUGUUAUUUCUAUUGGUUACAAUGUAACUAUAAAGUUAUGUAUUCGUUAUUAUAUUCUUUCACAUUUUACACAUUCACAGU